AUGCAGGGCUCUCGGAGAGAGCCGCCAGAUUUGGCACCCGAGGAUCAGAGACCCCACAAAGUCCAUCUUGUUGCACCGGCAGCCUCUUCAACAACGCACAGUUUGCCCUGGUCGCCCAACGAGGUUGAGGUUCUGUCAAUUUGGAAUGAUGAACACUCGACUCUGGAGGAUGGACGCGCCGAACCCCAACGGCUGCCGCCUACAAACAGCGAGUCUCAACCUGCUAGGACUCGAGGAGCCGUAGCCUGCCAGAAGUGUCGAUCGCGAAAGACUAAAUGUGACAAUCAACGGCCAAGCUGCGGGUACUGCCUUAAAAUAGGUGAGCCUUGCGUGUAUGAAACGGAGGCCAAAUCCUGCUGCCACGUGUUUGGAAAAGAGGUUCUACAGGCCCUCGAAGAAAUCCGAGAGCUCGUCUCGAAACCACCGACAACAACAGGGUCGACCAGUGAUGAUCAAGUACUUGCCGGUGGAGGAGACGGCUCCUCUACUGUGCCAGCCACUUUUGCUGCACCAGAGCCUCAGUUGGCUCCUAGUGGCAGUCAUGUCCGCCCAAAGCCAGUCAUCUCUCGCGCCAGAAUCCAGAACAUUGAAAAUACAGUCCAAUGGCGAAUAUUUCGAUCGCAAAUUGUGGCAAACGACAUCUAUCCUGACGCUGAUCUAGUCAUACCCAUGGACCAUUCUAUACCAAGUACCGAAAUAGAGCUACUGACCGAGCUGGAACUGAAAUAUGUCCAGGGCGUUCACUUGGUGAACCCCAUCCUUGAUUUGUCCACACUCCACGAUCUGAUUCUUCAGGUGGCAGAGAGCGGGUUUGACUGGUCCCUAGAGACGUGUCUCGUUGCACUAGUAUGUACCAUCGGUGCUAUAAGUGAGCCUCUACAGCCACCAGAAAGUCCAGGAUCUGCUGUAGGAAGUAUCUUACAAGGUGAUAUCGGCUGUAGCAAUCCCGACCUGGCUGUUGGGUACUGGAAUGUAGCAUCCAAGCGCCUGGGCCUUGCUCUUGAUCAGAACAAUAUAGGGGCUGUGCAAUGUCUAUGCUUGACAGGUGUUUGGCAUAUGCACAACCUGCAGCCACUUCAAGCUUGGAAAUACUUUAGCCAUGCGGCAAAUGCGUGGUUCAGCAUAGUCAUACGGAACGACCCAUUACGCCAACUUGACCAUGUCCGCUCAGGUCCUACUGGCAUCAAAGAUGCACUGUGCUUUACAAUUUGGAAGUCCACUUGCGAGCUGCGUACCGAGUUGUCGCUCCCCCAAUCAGUCUUGGACGACUACGAAAUCCUUAACCCAUUUCCAGCGCUGCCAGACUUGGCAGUUGUGAGAGUUGGCACAGCUUCAAUAGACAGCGAGCGGAGCUGGUACUACUAUCUAGCAGAUAUUGCUGCACGGCACCUCUUUAAUGACAUCCUCGACUGCCAUAUCUAUGACUUUGACAGCAUCCAACUGGCAGAUGUGGUGAGGAUGAUUCGCAACACUGAGAUAUUGGAGGAGCAGAUAAAAAAGUGGCGAUCAUCCCUGCCUCCGCAGCUUCAUUUCGACGUCCCAACAGACUUGAAUCUGCCUGAGCUGGAUGAAUGGAUGACGACUGUGUUGAGGCAGCGGUACUUGUCAAGUCUUGAACUGACAUAUCGACCUCUGGUACGGAUAUGCACCGACUAUCCACUAAAUGACAUUGAAGGAUACGAUGCCCCGCUACGCAGCAGAGUGGCCGAUCUGGCUUCGCGGAACCUACAUUACUCGUACUUGAAGAUUCUACCCAUAAAGAGCAGGCUUCAUCACGGGACCUGGUUCAACCUGCGCAGCUUGACGGGGGCAUGUCUACGGUUCGCUGCAGUGGAGAGAGCCCAGCGCGACAGAAAGCUCAUUGGUGCAAGUGAGAUUCGCAUUCCACCGAACUGGAGGCCUUGCGUGAUAGGUAGAAUAAAUACUCUGCAGCAGUACUGGACUUCAGACCGUGGUGGCGGAGCUGGUCUGUUGGCCUUGAUUGACCAAGCCCUGGCGUUGUAG